AUGUCGGGCGAAUUGGAUAUCGACUUCACGCGCCGAAACAAGAAGCCGCGCCCGCUCUCGGACCACGAGAAGGAAAAGCUGGAUGAAUUUGUCGACGCGAUCCAUUACUCGGCGAGAUACUCGGACGACGCAUACGAAUACCGCCAUGUGCAGCUGCCUAAGCAAAUGCUGAAGGCUAUCCCAAAAGACUACUUCGACGGCGCGCGAGGCACACUGAAGCUGCUGUGGGAGGAGGAAUGGCGGGCACUGGGCAUCACACAGAGUUUGGGAUGGGAGCACUACGAGGUCCAUGAGCCAGAACCUCACAUUCUGCUUUUCAAGUACGUUGUGUCAGAGCAUACGCCGCGCGCUGCCAGCUAA